AUGGGCGACAGCCUCCAAUGGGCCUACCUCGAAGACCUCCCUGCUGGCACCCGGCUUACUCCUGACGAUGGUCCGUGGCCGCGAGCCUAUUACCUCCUUGAAGAUGAAGAGAUUUGGGAAGAAUUCGAGCGCGUCGCUGACCCCUCAACUGUCCUUUUUUCACGCGACAAGGGCUGGCGGGCGGACGGAGUCAACUUCCAACCUGCACCGACAACAAACACUCAAGACCGAUAUGUCUUGAAGCAACUGAAUAUUCACGGGCGGCGCUGGACCUUGACGGGUGUUUUCGAUGGUCAUCUCGGUGAUGAAACCGUUGAACAUGUCGCGCACCAUCUGCCUAUUAUUGUCGAGGAGUUUUUGUCGGAACACCUCAAGCAGCCACAAAUUUCCCCCGCGUUCAUCUCCAAUCUAUUCUCCCGCUCAAUUGUCGCGUUUGACGACGCAAUAGCUGGCGACAUCCUGGACUUAUUCGGAGGGUCAGACAGGCUGGACGAAUACUCGGACCAUGAAAUCAGCGAGAUUAUUAACGACCAACACAAGGGGGGUGACAACUACAGAAAAGCCCGGCUGUGCAUGUACGGGACGACCGCUCUUGUCGCUCUAACUGACCCCGACCACGAGAAUUUGUGGGUGGCUAACCUCGGAGAUUGCCAGGCUGUUCUCGUGUCACCGAAAGCCACUGAAGGCUGGGACGUAGAGUUUAUUACUGCCGAACAUAACGGCGCCAACGACGCGGAAAUCGCACGUGUCCACAGAGAGCAUCCUGGUGAGCCGGAAUGCGUCGUAGAUCGGCGAGUCCUCGGCGCGUUGGCACCCACUCGAGGACUGGGUGAUGUCCCAUUCAAACAGCCACCCGCAUUCACUCGCCGUAUACUGUACAACUUGGCCCCGGGUUUCAGCGAUACCGCGGCUUGGGAACGCUGUCUCGAGCGGAACAUAACUCCGCCAUAUAUCUCAGCUGCUCCAGAAGUCACACACCGUCGCCUCCCGCGACGGAAUUCCCGCUCAUCCCCACGGCCCCGAUAUCUCAUUCUCGCGACUGAUGGAUUUGCCGAGCUGUGCCGCGGCCAUGAUGCUGGCGAAGAAAGCGUGUUGGUCGAGUGGGCGAUGCGGGAAGACAAGGACCAAAUCAAGAGCCUCCCCGAUUUGGAAACGCAGGACAAUCUCGCCUGCAGAUUACUGCGCCAAGCCCUCGGUGGCGAGGAUCGGGCAGCUGUCUCCGCGAUGCUUACUUUGGACGUCGAGGACAGUGCCUGGGUGGACGACACCGCUGUUGUGGUGCAAACACUGUGA